AACACCUUGUGCGUGCAUGUGCAUGUUACUACGAUUUUAUUGCCAGUGUUAACGACGUUGAUUUAACGCUUCCACCGCAGUCUUUCCCCUUUAGCAGACAUGAGGAACACCGUGGCUGUUAUUCUUGUUUUUGGCAUCGUCGCCUACGCGGUCGACGCCUACAUGACCAAAUUCGAUAACAUCAACGUCGACCAGAUCCUACGUAAUGAACGUCUGCUCAAUCCCUACAUCGACUGUCUACUCCGGGACGUUAAGUGCACUGCCGAAGGCAAAGAGUUGAAGCGCUUGCUGCCCGAAGUCUUCACGACCAACUGCUUGAAAUGCAACGAUAAGCAAAAGACCGAUGCCGAAAAGGUGGUAUCUUACCUGGCCAAAAGCAAGCCUCAGGUCUUGAACGAGGUAUUGAAGAGAUACGACAAGGACAACGUCUUCAGAACCCAGUAUGCCGAAAGUGCCAAGAGACUCGGGGUUGCCAUCUAAACUCAACUUGUAACCGUGUUAUUCUUUAGUUUGCUAAAAAAUCAUUCCAAAAAUGCCAUAAGGGUUUUCAUUACUUUUUACCGUUUUUUUUUAUUCGUUUUAUUUUUCUCCGACAUAAAUUUUUGAUACCAAUCGCCUAAUUGAUGCGUAAACCAGCUUUCAUAAUUAUUUAAAAAAAUCAAUAAAAAAAAAUGCAUUAAAAAUAAAA